CCUGUAUUGGAUGGAAAUUUGAAAAACAACGGUCCAACGGUCGGCAUUUCAUAUCAAGAAUUCAAAAUCUGCAAAACCCGUGAAAGAAAGCUUUGCCUUCAUUUCUUCAGCGCUGGAGAAAGAUGGGUGUGAAGAAUCUGUGGGACAUCUUGGAUUCUUGCAAGAAAACUCUCCCCCUUAACCAUCUCCAGAACAAGAGGGUGUGCAUAGAUCUAUCUUGCUGGAUGGUUCAACUUCAGAAAGUAAACAAAUCCCACUGUGCUCUCAAGGACAAGAUUUAUCUUAGGGGUCUCUUCCACCGCCUCAGAGCUCUCAUUGCCUUGAAUUGCAGCCUUAUCUUUGUUACUGAUGGAGCAAUUCCUGCUAUCAAAUCUGCUACUUAUAGACGGAGAUUAAAUGUUGGAAAUGAGCUUUCCCAGGAGGAGCCAAAUAUAAAGCAACUGUCAUCAAUUCGAAGAAACAGUGGAUCCGAGUUUUCAUGUAUGAUAAAAGAAGCUAAAGUUCUUGGGAGGGCACUUGGCAUUCCUUGCUUAGAUGGGAUUGAAGAGGCUGAAGCACAAUGUGCGUUACUCAACUCAGAAUCAUUAUGUGAUGGAUGUUUUACUGCAGAUUCUGAUGCAUUCUUGUUUGGAGCAAGGACUGUAUAUAGAGACAUUUGCCUUGGCGAUGGUGGUUAUGUUGUUUGUUAUGAAAUGGAUGAUAUCGAGAGAAAACUUGGGUUUGGAAGGAAUUCCUUGAUUACUCUUGCUGUUAUCCUUGGAGGGGAUUAUUCACAAGGUGUUUACGGGAUUGGCAGGGAGUCUGCUUGUCAGAUUGUUAAAUCACUCGGUGACAGUACUGUUCUGCAACGAAUAGCAUCAGAAGGAUUGUCUUUCGUAAAGAAGACCAAAAAUUCGAAAAGGCACAUCGAAGCCAUGCAAUGUGAUAACAAAGAGAACUUUCCUAUCAAUAAAGAUGUCCUAAAAGGAAUUAAAUGUGAUUUACUACAAAGGGACAAAGACAAACAGGUGUUGCAAGUAAUAAACGCUUAUUUGGAGCCGAGGUGUCAUUCAGUCGACUCUGAUGGUGUGCAUAGGGUUCUUGCAGUAUAUCCAUUCGAACGCAACCAAUUUCAGCAGAUAUGUGCAAAAUAUUUUGAUUGGCCUCCUGAGAAAACAGAUGAGUACAUCCUUCCUAAGAUUGCUGAAAGAGAAUUACGACGAUUUUCUAAUCUGCGAUCUGCUUCAACAAAAGUAGGACUCCAGGUUUCCUUGGACGAGAUGCCAAUUAAGUGUCCGGUCUCGAGCAUUAUCAAGGAAAGAAAAGUUCAGGGAAGGGACAGCUUUGAAGUAUCUUGGGAUGGAGUUGAAGGACUAGAGACCUCGAUAGUUCCAGCAGAUCUUGUACAGAGUGCUUGUCCCGAAAAGAUUAUGGAGUUUCAGGAAAGAAGAGCUCAAAGGAAGAAACCAAAAUCAAGACGGAGAAGAGUGGACAACAGGCCGCCCUCGAGUGAAAUCGAGCUGAAGCUGCAAGCGCUGCUGCUGGAAAUUGAUCAAGAAAACACAACCGUCUUCCAUGGAUCGAUUCGUGAUGCAACACUACGCCAUACACAACUGCUUACAACGUUAGAAGGCGGCCAGUCCAGGGAAAACGCUGUUCCAGGAUCACCUCAUGUGACUGAUCUCUCAAGUUCUCCACCGAGCCAUGCUUGUCUACCUCAGCUUUAUCUCGUGCAAUACGCUAUUCCAGCAUCACCUGAAGUGACUGAUCUCUCGAGUCCUCCACCUCCACGCAAGAAUGCAGAAGUCGAAACUGAAGUAAUUGAUCUCUUGAGCCCUCCACAGGCUAGCCGCCAUGAUGGAGGAAGCUCAGAGCUUCAAAUCGAUGAUGUUCAACGCCCCGUUGAUGUAAUUGAGGUUAUGAGUGAUUCAGACAAUGAAAUGUUCUCCCCUGACCAUCUCAAGAAAGCAAGAGAGCUAAGAUCUUUCCUAGCAAGCAUUCGAGAAGACAUUUCUUGAAGGAUGAAUGGAAUGUUUGUAUCAUAUUUGUGUUAUUUAUCUACCAUAAACAAGCUACCUCAGCUUUGAUUGUAGAUACAACAUAACAUUGUGUUCGAUUUUGUCCUAAUUUCGUUAUCCUGACAAAAUUUAGAACGAAACUAAUAACUACCGUGAUAAGAUGAACCAAAA